UGAAAUGAGGACUUUUAUUUUGACAUGUUGUUGCCGGAUGUAACGCCAUCGGCUCCUGGGCGGAACUAGAGUCUUUAGUUUAGAAACACAGCAGCAGACAGUUGGAGGUUAAGGUGGAUUCAGGGCUGUUUAUUGUAUUGGAUCAGAUCAAGUAACAGAGUCAUUGUGAUGGAUUGAUUGGACAUGUUCUAAUAGUUUCAGCGCUUUGGAUAGAUGUUUGCUGUGGUUUAAAAUGAAGACUGGAUUCUCUGUAGGUGAAUAUGGAAGGGUGGUUAGAGUUUCCCCCGGUCUCCAGUAAAGUGGAGCAGCAGAAGAUCCAGCUCUGAUCAGCAGCUCCACACCUCUGUACUCAGACUGCUCUGCUGGAGGAACACCAUCAGCUCACCUGCUGCAGAAGUCAAUCCUAUGCUGUUCCAAGUCCUGAUCCUAUUGUCAACGUUCCUAACUGGACAAAGUUUAACUGCAUGAUACAGUCAACCAAAGAUUUUAAGCUGUUGAACAAAGGGGAGAACAUGGCAUCCAGAGAAAUCUCCAAUACUCAACAAACGCCCUCUCCUACACCUCACACACAAAUGCAGGAAAGUACAAACAAGAGUGAAUCUCACGACUGCUCAGACUGUGGGAAAGGUUUUACUACACAGAGAAAUCUCCAGCAACACCAGCGCAUUCACACUGGAGAGAAACUGUACAAGUGUUCAGACUGUGGAAAGCGCUUUAAUCAACUGAAUCUUCUCUUAAAACACCAGCGCAUUCACACUGGAGAGAAACCAUUUUACUGCUCAGACUGUGGGAAGAGUUUUAGAACACAGAGUAAUCUCCAGCGACACCAGCGCAUUCACACAGGAGUGAAACCAUAUCACUGCUCAGACUGUGGAAAUAGUUUUAAUAAUCUGAGUAAUCUCCAGCGACACCAGCGCAUUCACACAGGAGAGAAACCGUAUCAGUGUUCAGACUGUGGGAAAAGUUUUACUACACAGAGAAAUCUCCAGCAACACCAGCGCAUUCACACUGGAGAGAAACCGUAUCACUGCUCAGACUGUGGGAAGAGUUUUAAUCAACAGACUAUUCUUACAAAUCACCAGCUCAUUCACACUGGAGAGAAACCGUAUUACUGCUUAGUGUGUGCAGUGAGCUUUAGGUAUUUACGAACAUUCAAGAAACAUAAGUGCAUAAAGAGUAGUCUUGAAAAUGGGCAGUGACAAAACCUUUCAAGAUCCCAAACCUGGUUUUAGACAUUUUCUGAAGCAUAUUCAUAAAGCAAAAUAUAGUUAUAAGGACUAAGUGCUACGUCCAGCUUUCAGUCCAUGCCCUGAAUAUUUCCUUCCAAACCAGACCCUGAAGUAGAUGAGAUCCAGUCUGUCUGUAGAAGACCAUUCUUUUGCUAUAGUGAAUGCAAUGAGGAUAUUAAGAAAUGUUGAGAAUGAUAUUAAUUCUAAAAAAAAUGUUUAUGUUUAAGAAAGCUGGCCAGGCAAGGACAGAACCAUUGUUGUGUUUUUUUUUCCAUUUAGGUUUGAUGGUCCACCUUUUAUAAAAUAGAUAAAUAGUUAGUUUAAACUCUGUAAUUGAUCAGUACCAAAACCAAGAUCAACAAAUCAACAAAAUCCAGUUAUAUCUUUUAUAUGAGUUUGGGCAAUCUGUGUAAUCUUGAUUAUAUUAUUUUGCCUGUCUAUGGUAGUAUGUUAAGUCCCGCUGACUCAAAGACUGACUAACCCAACUCAGAACCUGCUGUUAGACAAAGAUAGCUUCAGGACUUAGCCAAAGGUUUAACAGACCAAGUGCUUUUCCUGUAAUCUGAGGUGAGACUUGUCCAAUAACAUUUAAAUAACUGGCUAAAUUAACAGAAAGAGGUCAAAGGUGGAUACAGGUGAGGAUUCUGGUGUUCUCCAUGUUUUCAGUGAGCUGUCAGUAGCGCACAUCUGCAGAAGAGCAGAGGACUGUUGCUUGGCCAUGGUGGUCUAAUUAAAGACAGUUAAAGACAGAGUAUGGGUAUUCUAAAUGUACAGGUGACCUUUUUGACUUACCUUUUGACCAUUACCGAGAUUUGCCUGACCAUGACUCGAACUCUUGACAGCACCAGUAACAAGGCUUUUACAUGACACUUCCCACAACACACACAUCAGGAUGAAGCUCUUGUGACUAACCUCAAUGCCAUGCCUAUAUAUUUUAACAGUUUUCUUUGAAUUCUGCUUCCAUCUGUUGUGUAUGUUUUGGUUUGCAUAGGGCUUAGUGGUAAUAGUAAUUUGUGUUAAUGUGUUGAAGUUCAUAUGCUCUUUUUAUUUCUUGGUAGUUUUAUUCAACUUUAAAUAAACCAUUAAGACAGAUGAACUUGG